UGCCUUCCUUGAAUUCUCCUCCCCAACUUCAUCCGCAUACAAUAAAUGUCUUUAGUUAAUGAAAUCAAUACCUACGUGAAAUUUAAAUUUUCUUUUUAACCACUAAUAAUUAUUAUUAAUUACAUAUAUGUAAAUUUAUUUGUUAUUUCUGUAACGUACCAUCGGCCUCUCUUCUAUAUAUAUACAUCACCAUUUACUACAAAUUCUAUCUUGUUUUCUCUCUCGGAAGAAUUAGGAAGAUAAUAAGCAUCAAGACCUCUCCUCUGUUGUAUAUGGCGGCUGAUGUGAGCUCUCUCUUGAGGGUUUUGACUGGAUACAAGGAUGAUCGGACGGUUCCUAACGAGCUUGUUGCUGGAAAAUCGACGGCUCUGAUUACCAGGGAUUUGCUUGGUGGUGGUGGUGCUGCUGCUGUUUAUGGUGAUGCUUCCUCAAAGGAUGAGUCCCAAGAAUUGGACCUCGACUUGCAAGUGCCUACUGGCUGGGAAAAACGCCUAGACUUGAAGUCCGGGAAGGUUUAUUUACAAAGAUGCAGUUCUUCACCUUCAUCAUCAUCAGAUCACAGGCAACAAACCAAUCAAACAUUGGCAAAGCUUCAAGAUUUAAAUAUCCCGCAAUCACCUUCCAAGAUCACACUGAAUCUUUUUGAUGAAAGUAACUUGGAACUGAAGUUAGUCUCAUCAUCAUCAUCAACCAAAUAUCAAAGUGUGUGCACUCUAGAUAAAGUGAAGUCUGCACUUGAAAGAGCAGAGAAAGAACCCAUUAGAAAGCGAUCAUCGCUGUGGAAAUCACAAUUAUCACCUUCCUAUUCUUCAUCAUCAUCUUCGAUUAGAGAGAUUCCAGAAGAAGAAUAUGAAGAGAAACCAGUAUCCGCAAUCGCAUCAGUGGCAGCAGGCUGCCCAGUUUGCUUAUCUUACGUUUUGAUAAUGAAAAGCAACCCAAUGUGUCCCAGGUGCAAUUCUGUUGUUCCAGUGCCAAUGUUGAAAAAGCCUCGCAUCGAUCUCAACAUUUCAAUAUGAGAUAGAUUAGAGAGAUUUAAUGUUUGUGAUUUUGUAUAUGAUAGGUGCAAUUUAGGUGCUUAUAGAAUAGAAAUUGUAAGCAAAGAAGAGAUAAAUUAUUAUUAUUUUUAAUGGCUUUUAUCCCCAUAGAAGAUAGGUAAUUUAAGCAUCUUUAUUUAGACCUUAA